AUGGAGGAAAAGAAGCAAACCAAGACAUCUCCACCUCAAGCAUCGCCCCGGAGAGCCAUCUUAUGGGUGGCAACAGUCAUCGGGGCGGGCCUGUUGCAUUUCGGUGGAUUCCUACCCCAGAGGCGCUGGGCCUCCCCGGGCGAUCGUCAAGCCCAGUCGCCCUACGGAAUAUUUCCACAAGAGAAGGAUCCAUUCCAGUUCAUUCCAUGUACCAACACCAGUCGUCCACCGCCACUUGAUGACCCUACUCCACGGCAAUCAUGGGCCGCUCUUUUCGACCCAAGUCCCAACCACUGGAGCUGGGGGAGCGAGGGCGGAAUCUACCUGUGUGGAUAUCUAGAUCUUCCCCUGGAUUAUCACAACUCCUCAGACCAUCGGAUUGUUCGAAUUGCAGUAACCAAGUUCCAAGUCGCCGGUUUGGCCCGUAUUGAGAAAGCCGGUAUUUCACCUCUCAGUCGCAGGAGUGAGCGCACCAUCAUCAUCAACCCGGGAGGUCCAGGAGGCAGCGGAACCUCUUUUCUAUGGGAGACCGCAGAGGAAAUGACCAACCGCUUCAGUGAUGGCACACUCGAUGUGCUGGGAUGGGAUCCCCGCGGUGUGAACUUCUCUCUCCCCGCCGCAGCAUGUUUUCCCCAAAAUAGCCUACGGGACAGAUGGUCACUCCUAGCACUGAGAUACCGCGAGGAAGCCCCAAAAAGUCAGCUAGAGACUGCGGAUGCCAUGAAUAAUGCCACUUUCUUUGCCUGCCAGCAACGCCUAGGUGAUUUCGGUCGCUUCGUCAGCACGGCGUUGGUGGCACGCGAUCUCGAUGAGAUCCGAAAGGCACUUCAUGAAGAAGUAGUCACUGGAUACUUGGUCAGCUAUGGUACGGGGAUUGGCCAAACAUAUGUCAACAUGUUUCCCCACCGAGCCGGUCGUAUAAUCCUCGAUGGUACAGAAUAUGUCAGAGAUCAUCGCCUCCUAGGGGGGUUUGGCUGGACAGCUCUCGACAAUACGACCGAUGCGUGGCAUGAUGGAUUCCUGGGGGAAUGUGUCAAUGCCGGUCCGAAAUGGUGUGCAUUGGCCAAGCCUGUUUCUAACCAGGACGGUCCCGUCACACUGACCCAGCUGGAAGCGCGCAUGAACCAGCUGCUUGAGUCGCUCAAAGUCCGUCCUCAAUCUGCGUACACGGAGACAGGGGGUCCAUCUCUGGUCACUUAUUCAGCACUCGUGGACAGGAUUCUCUACCCGGCUAUGUACAGGCCAAUGGAAUGGCCGCGCACGGCCCAAAUGCUGGCUGAGCUCGAAGCAGGGAAUGCAACAUUGGCAGCGAAAGCUCUAGACACCUCAUGGAGUGACUACUCUGCAAAUCCAUCAUAUUCUUUUAUCCCGUCAUCCAGUGAACUCGAACUUCUUGUGAUAUGUUCCGAUGCAUAUGAUGCACCCCUUCCCGACGGACUUGGCUGGUGGGGAAAUUUGUGGGAAACUAUGUCCACUCGCAGCUGGAUUGCCGGUAAUUCUCGGUUCUUCGCGGUUCUUCCCUGUCGAUAUUACAGGGAGUACUGGGAUCGUCCUUCGGAAGUGUAUCGCGGAGAUCUCAACAACACUCUCAGGACACCUACCUUGCUGAUCGCUUCGCCGUAUGAUCCUGCAACACCCUUGCGCAAUGGAAGAAGGCUCCUAGCGGAAAUGGGCAAAAACGCCCGGUUGAUUGUUCAUAAUGCAUAUGGGCACAGCUCUAGACGUGACAGCUCAGACUGCACAGACCAAAUCGCUAAGGCUUACAUUCUAAAUGGCACCCUUCCGAAGGAACAGGAGGUCCAAUGCUAUGCCAAUAACAAGCCUUAUGUUCCUGUUCAUAUCGAUGAGAAAUGA